UUCGCCACUGUCAAGGAUGGCGGGAAAAACUCUGCGCUGGGGAGGAAAACACGCCUUGGACCUGAGGGUAAAAAGUUGGGGAGAGCCGAGAAGAAAACCCUCAGCAACAUGAAGGGAGACGAAGGUGUACAAGACUCGACCAUUAAUACGGCAAUUAACUCGAUGGGCAGCAACGACCACGGCAGAGAACGUCAACGUCGGGAGGCACCAAGACCUACACUAACGUCAGCCACACGACGCAGCACUGAGGCAGAAAACCACAAACAAAUGACAAAGGUAAAUAUUCGUAAUGGAAAAAUGGAAGAGAGAGAAUACAAGAGAAGAAAUUUCACACACACAGAUGAAAGGGGUGAAAAGAGGAAGAAGAUGAGAGUGAGACAGAAGGUCGGAAAAGGUAGUAAAAGUAGAGAGAACAGGAGAAAGAAGAUGUUAAAAAGUAAAUUGAAGAAGAAAGUAAAACAAGAUAAAUCGGAGAGUUACGAAGAGAAAGUUGAUAACGAAAAACAACUAAAAACUGAUGAGAAAAACAAAAGUAAGAUUAAAACAGCAUCGACGGACAGAAAAAACGUAAAUAACAGCCAAAGGCGAAGAAUGAGGACGAAACCAAAUUCAAGGCUAGACAAAACGCACAAAGGAAAAGUUAAAAAUAAAAGAAAACUCAAACCAAAUGAGAAUAAAGGCAAACAAAACACAAAGAGGAGGAAAAAGAAUAAAAAUAAGAGAGGAGGACAUGGCUUAGCUGGCAAUAAGCGUAUAAACAAACACCAAAACAACAAAAUCAACGAUAAAACAAACUCCACCAAAGAAAAUGGAGAGAAUUUAAGGGGAUACAAUGUUAGAGUAAGGAAUGAAAAGAACUUAACAAUUAAACACGAAAAUAAGAAUAAGAAAAUACGAAAAAACAAAGAAAUCAGUGGGAAGAAGGGGAACGGCAAAGAUGGAAUGAAAAAUAAAGAGAAAGAGAAGGAAGAUGAAAUAAAAAGGCGCCAAAAGGGCAACAGGAGGAAAUAUAUGAUAAAUAGAAAAAGGAAGGAUAAUAAAAUGAACACUGAAAUGAAAGUAAAUGAACGAGAGAAUAAGAGAAGGAAUACGAAGAUAAACAAGAGCAAAGAUGAUGAAAGAGAGAGUAAUAAGAAGAAUACCAAGAUAAGUAAGGAGAUAGAAAAUAACAGAGAAAAAAAGAAUAAUGCAAAGAUAAACAAGAACAGAGAGGAUAAACAAAACAAGAAUAAUAAUGCAAAGAUAAACAAGAAUAGAAAAUAUAAACAAAAAAAGAAGAAUGUAAAGAUAAACAAGAACAGAGAAGAUAAACAAAAGAAGCAAAAUGCUAAGAGAAACAAGAAAACAGAAGAUAAACAAAACAAGAAGAAUGCAGAUAUAAACAAGAACACAAGAGAUAAACAAAAGAAAGCAAAGAUAAACAAAAACAGAACAAACGAUCGAAGGAGUAAGAAAAAGAAUGCGAAGUUGAACAAGGAAAAAGAAAAUAUACGAAAAACUAAGAAAAAAGACGAUAAAUUAACCAAUAAAGGUGAAAAAGGCCGCAAGAGAAAGAAUAAGAAUAAGAAACUGAGUUGUAAAAACAAUAAAAAAUGCACUGUCCAUAAAGGAAAGUGUAAGAGAAAGUGUGGGAAGAAGCAACGUGAGAUCAAGGAUGGUUGUAACAAGAAAGGUAAGAAGUGUAAGUGUUGCGCUUCACAGUGUAAGGCCAAGAAGUCGUGCAAGCGGCGUCACGGCCACUGUGUAGACUCCAAGAAUGACUGCGACGGCAAAGCACUAAAGAAGGGGUGUAAAGGAAAGGGGUGUUUCUGCUGCAUCGCCAGUAAUAAAUGUCGGGGGCAAGAGAAUGAAAAGUGUCUGCAUCACGGAGGAACUUGCAAAAAGUCUUGCAAAUCUGAGUACAGGUACCAGCAUAUCGAGGGAGGUUGUUCCGGAAAAGGCUGUGUAUGCUGCGCUGCCAUGGCUUGUCAGACCUUGCCCUCCUGCACUAGUUACGGCGGCUACUGUGUCACCCCGAGGGAUAUAUGUUACGGAGAACUUUUUGAUUACGGCUGCAAAGGCAAGAAAUGCAAAUGUUGCGUCAAAAGAAGUAUCAAGUUGAUAAUCUACGAGUAUGACAAUCAGUUUCUGGACGCGCAACCCAACCAAAUCUAUUCCUUACCCUAA